CGCGCAGGCGCAGGGAAGGAUCCGUUUUGGCGGGCGGUUGGCGUUGCGCAGAAGGCGGCGGCGGCGGUGGCUUGUGGUGCGGCCUUACCACAGAGGAACAGGGGAAACGUUAGCGUGAGUGAUCGGUCUCUAUCCCGGAGGAUGGCUUUAGCUGAUCAUUGUACUAAUGGGAAGGAGUCCAGGUCAUCCUGAGAAGAGUUGGCUUGUGCAGAGUCCAGGACGCAGAUUUGUUGGAUUUCUGAACCCGGUGGCCUUAGUCCUUCAGGUGGAACAGCGUGAGACAUGGGAAAGAAAACCAAGCGGACAGCUGACAGUUCUUCUUCAGAGGAUGAGGAGGAGUACGUCGUGGAGAAGGUGCUAGACAGGCGUGUGGUUAAGGGGCAGGUGGAAUAUCUACUGAAGUGGAAAGGCUUUUCCGAGGAACACAAUACUUGGGAACCUGAAAAAAACUUGGAUUGCCCUGAGCUAAUUUCUGAGUUUAUGAAAAAGUAUAAGAAGAUGAAGGAGGGUGAAAAUAACAAACCCAGGGAGAAGUCAGAAACUAACAAGAGGAAAUCCAAUUUCUCAAACAGUGCUGAUGAUAUUAAAUCCAAAAAAAAGAGAGAGCAGAGCAAUGAUAUCGCCCGGGGCUUUGAGAGAGGAUUGGAACCAGAAAAGAUCAUUGGGGCGACAGAUUCCUGUGGUGAUUUAAUGUUCCUAAUGAAAUGGAAAGACACAGAUGAAGCAGACCUGGUUCUUGCAAAAGAAGCUAAUGUUAAAUGUCCACAAAUUGUGAUAGCAUUUUAUGAAGAGAGACUGACGUGGCAUGCGUAUCCUGAGGAUGCGGAAAACAAAGAGAAAGAAACAGCAAAGAGCUAAAGGAGGGGGUGGUCUCUGUCAUUUCUCUUUGUACAUAAUACAUUCAUCUCCCUGCCUCCUCUCCCUUCUACCCUCCCCCCCCCUUCUAUCCUAAACACAUCCAUAAAAAAUGUGCUUAUCACUGUGCUCCACAGGAGAAAUGUUGGUAUUGGUUCUCUUGUAACAUACUGAUGGUCUGAUUCAUGAUAAGUGUCUCUCUGUGAAGACCAGGCAUUUACAUACUGUGUGUAAUUCCCACCAUUUUUUCCUUUGCCCUGCUCUCUUCCUUCUGCUCCCCUGUGACCUCAAGAUGAGUUUUAACUUUUUAAUCACCUUAGAGUCUUGAUCUUUUCGGAAUUGGUCGCUUUUUAGAUGGGGGAUUUUGUUAUAAUGAUGGUGAAUUUUGGUUUCUUGCUUUGGCUCUUAGAACAUGUUGAUGACCAACUAGCCUUUGUUUUGAGAUGUUGGAAUGGAAAAGAUGUUGCCCAUCUUUUUAAAAAGCCAAUAGCAACUGCCUACCUGUUGGGGCUCUCCCAACCUCAUUCAGCUCUACCCAGGAGAAUACAGGGUUCCUGGUGUGGUCUUCUGGGCCACCCUCUGUUGUUCAUCCUCACCCAUCCUCCCAGAAUAACUCCAUCCUUUGGAGGGCUUGAAAUUUUACAUUCAAAUGUGUCAAGGCACUCCUUUUAGCCCUAGGACUUUUGGCCUUGUUUCUUAGCAAUCCCUGAUUCUGCUUCUGCAAGUUGGUGUAGUCUGUCAUAAAAUGACAAGAUUAUUAACUGUGGAGAUUUGUAGCUUAUUAGUAUUUGAGGAUGAUGGGGUAGGAUACAAUCGUCUUUAUUAUCACAUAUGGUAUAUAUGUAUUACUUCCUUCCAUCCCUCCCGUUUGGCUUAUAUAUUUAUGUAGGUGUGAGUGACUGCCUGGUGCUUGCUUGUGCCAAGGUGCUAGGCACCCUCCAACCCUGCCAACUUUUGUGGCCUCCCAAAGCAUUCCUGUUACCAAAGAGGCUUCAAACCUGACCCUCACUUCUUAGUGGACCCAAGUUUCCCCUCCAUGCCAUUAUCUUCAGUGGGGAAUUCUUGGAGGGGAGCCAUUGGCCACAGUAUCAAUUUUAAAUAUUCAUAGUGUUUAUAAUCAUAAAUUUCCUGCUUUGUUGACUCCUGGCUUUGCCACCAAGAGUCCCCAGAGUAUUAGUGCUCUCCCCUAUUUCCACCCUCAAACUUAGUUGUAUCUUUUUUUUUUUAAUGCAUUUCUAUGGAAGACUAUCAACCUCAGAGAGUGACAGGCCCUGGCAUUAGCAUGUUGACACGGCCUUUCCUUACUCAGCAAAAUACUUCCCUUUUGGCUUCUUCCUGCUUUACCAUUAUAUUGAGAGAUUAUUUUUCUGAUUAUAUCCUUCUCCAUUUGUUCCUCCAGAGAAACGCCCUAUUUCUCUUUAUCCUUUUUUUCUUGUAGUUGAAGGGGGCUAGAGAAUCAAGACUAAAAGUAAGGAAAAAGCAGGGUUUUGAGCAUCCUUGUUCCAGCCCGAAGCUGAGGAGAUAAGAAUAAAUGCUUGAAAUAGCCUUAACUCUAGAGUUCACCAGCUACUGAGGUUGUUUUUGUGGUUGCUUUUGAUUUUUAAAACAUAUAGCUGUCUGGCCAGGAGCAUUCAACCAUUUCUAGAUUAUUCAGAGUGAUGAGGGGAUUGGAGAGAUUGCUCCGGUCUACAGAUGAGCUGAAUAAUAUGCAAAUCAUAUACCCAUUCAUAGCAUUUAACAUUGCUUCCCUGCUCGGCUGCUGAUUGAAUUCUGUGUGCUUGUAUAAAUUGUGUCAAAAAUUAUACUGCACAGUUGAGAAGACAGCUGUUGCUGCAGUGACAUGACAGACUGGAACAAUGAAGCUUUUGGUUUCAGCCAUCCAGGAAAAUCCUUCUGAAUGGUAAUGUGAUUGGGUGAGAACACAUAACCCAUACCUCACGUGGGUGGGAGUUUUAUCUCCGUCUUCCUUAACUCUGAAGGAAUUAAAGGCCUAGAUCAAGUGCUGGAUAAUUGACAGUUGUUAGUACUUAAUCUGAUGGGCGUCUGAAAGAAAGAAAGGAUGGUCAGAAAAGAGAUUUUUUGUACAAGUAACUAAGGAUGUCAAUUAGGGUGUAUUGGAAUAGGACAAAAGUAGGCCAGAGCUGCUGAGGAGGUGAUCCAGGUCUCUCAGUUUGCAGGUGGAGAAAAUGACAACUUAUCCAUGUAGCCAGUGUGUGUCUCCCAGGAGCAGUGGGCAUCUAAACGAAGUACAGUGACCAUGUAUUUAGAGUCCAAAUCUAGCCCGUGGACAAAGAACAUGACCGAAUUAUUUGGUACUGAGAUUGGUCUUGAGAAACCUGGGACACAUGGUUGCCUGCCAGGGUUAUAGUUAAUAUUUAAGACAUUCAUCAAAAUCUGAUUUCUUUUAACAAAAAAACCUCGGUAUCAUCUAUUACUCAUCACCCCUUUAAUACUUUAGCCUUCACUCCAUUCAUCUUUUUCUGUCCAGAGUUUACUGAAUCAUGGUCUUGUACUGAGUGCUUCCCAAACAACUUGUUCUCUCCCUGCCUACCCACAGCUACUAACUUCUAUAGGAAUGGAGGGAGCCAGUGGCCAGUACUGAUCUCAGCCCUGGGCAGAAAGGAAAAAAGAUGCCUUCCUGUGCCUCCGGCAUUUGUUAGUGUUGAGUAGCUGUCUAGGCCCUUGGAGAAUUGCAGCCUCAAACAGAAACCUGCUUUCAUGGGGCUUUCUCCUUUCAAAAGAGCUAGUAGCCCUGGGCUAAGCACUCUUAAAACAUUUAGGUCUCAGGUGCUCAAAGUAUAUUUUUCCUAUGUAAAUUCCUUUUUCAAAACAUCUUUCUAAUGCUGCAUUUCUUUUUAUAAUCAGCAUUCAAGGAUUUCUCUUUCCACAGAAUGAAGCAGAGCUUUGACCAGCAGAGUCUACCAAGGUCAGCAAAGCUGCUUUUCUGAGCCCUGGGCUGGGCAGAUGCCCUCACGUUAAGAUCAGCUGUUAGAGAACAUCAGCCCUGAUAAAGCACCCAUUUUUAACCUAGAGGGAGCCAUAUCAUUUUUCCUCCUGCAGUCCAGUUUCGUCUGCUCAAGGGAGCAUUUGGACCUGUGGUGUUCCUUAACACUCAAAAGUCUGGAUGGUCCUUGGCUGUCCCCCAGCCAUAUAUCUACUUUUUGUUGUUGAAGAAAAGUUGGUCUUGUUCCUGUAGUUCCUGCACUUUUAAAUUAUUCUUAACUCUUUGCACCUGUGCGGUAGCCUCCCUGCAGUCCAAUUUCCUUAUCUUUAGGCCAAAUCCUAGGGCCUUGGGGAAGGUGCUUGUGAUUUUCCUCUUGUCAUUUUGUCUAGUCUGUGUUUAGCCCAGCUUACCUAAGGUACAGUGAGGGGUCAGAAGGAUCCAUGUUUGGUCUGGGAAGUGAUUGUCUUUGCCCUUAGGGUUCGAAUUUGAGGGCCUAAAAUAAGUUUGCAGUGACAUGAGAACCUCAGGAAGGGUUGUGUCAUUAGACUCUAAAUGUGGAAAUGGUUUCUCACAAAUUAGGUCAAAGGAAAAGCUCAUUUUGCAUGCAUGACGUCAUCCUUUUGGUUUAGGUUUUUAGAGUGUUAGUGUUGAGAUCUGUACCUUUGUAAUUAGACUCCCAAGCAAGCAUACCUGUGUCAGGGCAGCGGGAGAAAAGGUCUGGACCCAGUGUAUUCCAGUUUCAUUUUGGUUUUACCACUAGAUCAUAAAAAUUAUGCUUUCAAAAACAGAGACGUUGCCAGCGUUGCCCCCAAGAGCAUAUGCUCAAAAUUGCCGCCCUCCCCCCAGUUGAUCAUGGUGGAUUUGUAUUGAGCUGUCUGCAUUCCAGCUAUGUUAGUGUGCAUCAGCAUUCACUUCAUUCAACAAUCAUUUUUUGGCCCUGGGGAUACCAAGUUCAAAAAGAUGCAGUCCCUGACCUCAGAAUUUGCAUACAGAUGUGGGAUGAACUAUUAAUAGUUCAGUGUGAUAAAUGCUAUAAAUGGCACACAUUUUAGAUUUGAGGGCAGAGAUAAAUGGUUGGUAUAGUCUGUGGCCCUAAAGUAGGAGGGUGACAGUUGGUUCAUGUGUAGAAAAGACAUAACCUUGGAUGAACAGAUCUAACUGGCCAUAGAUGGACCACGACAAGGGCUUGUUUUUAUUCCAGAAAAUAAAGAUAGCUGAGGUUUGGUUAGAAAUGCUACUACGAAAGAAAACAACAGGUGAGUGGGGGUUGAGAACCCCUGGCUUCAGUCUCUACUCUAGGCUCUUUGCAGAAGUAUUUAAGGGUGUAGUUCAUUCUUGCUUGUGGAAAGUAUUACCUAUAUUGCAGAUCCAGUUAUGCGUUGUUACUUUAUUGUGGGUUCUGUAAAAUGUAUUCCUUAUGGGUAGUUUAUCAGAGUUGCUCACACGUUUUUUAGUUUCUCAUUCCUUUUGAAGGAAUUAACAUGAGGCUGGCUUGAAGCUUGAAACGGACAUACUAAGGGAGGGAGGGAAUACGGGGAUAUGUGUAUAAAAACAGAUGAUUGAACUUGGUGUACCCCCCAAAAAUAAUAAAUAAAUUAAUUUAAAAAAAAAAAACAGGGACAUACUUUCCAACGACAAAAAAGAUUUGCUAAAAAGAAGGCCUGGGGCACAUCUGGUAACACCUGGGCAUCUAUUCUGGGCUUCUGGGCAGUGUAAUUUUAUUUAACACUGCAAGAUGGUGAUUUUUUUUUUAAUGUUUUCUUUUUUUAGAUUAAUUUAUUUAUUGGCUGCAUUGGUCUUCAUUGUGGCAUGUGGGCUUAGUUGCUCCACAGCAUGUGGGAUCUUCCAAAACCAGGGAUCGAACCUGAGUCCCCUGCAUUGGUAGGCAGAUUCUUAACCACUGUGCCACCAGGGAAGUCCCCAAGAUGGUGAUUUUUAAGCAGAGAGUUCGAUUAUGAGGAAACCUCUCCUAGAAAUACACAUGAUCUAGAGUUUCGGAUUUAAUCAGUCUAGGGAGGUCUGGGGUGAGGCCUAGCCCUGUCAAGAAACAGUCUGACCUUAAGAAAUGGCCUAGUUCUGACCAUGUGACCAUAGGAAAAAUGAUACUUUACCUAUAUAAUUGAGAGUUGGAUAACUGAAAGUUGACUAGUGUGAAGAUUCUUUGGAUAGCUUCAUAAAAUUCGUAGUUUCUUUUUGCUUGCGCUGGAUUUCUUGAAUUUUAAACUACCUCAUCUCGUGUUUUUAGAGUUACUUCAGCUUGUUGUUGCCACUUUGACAUCAUGCUUGACUGUGAUUUUCUAGGAUGGAAUGUUUCCUAUUCUUUGAGAGCAUGUUUUCUUGCCUUUUAUCCUGAACCUCAUUUCACCUAACAUCAUCUCAUAUUGCUCCUCUGUCAGAGAAAUAUUUUAAGAUAGUUUAAAAUCUUGGUUCAUGGGAAGAAAGUGAUCCUCCAGUGCUAUUUGUCUCUGAGGUCAGUAAGAGAAGGAGUUAAAACAAGGUGGGGGAGGGGACAGAACCUGCACUGGAGGCAGCCUACAAGGGAAGAGCCAUUAAUUAAAACAAUUUCAGAGUCAACUUAUUGUGAUCAUUAAUGUCACAAUAGAUCAAAACCUAAUUAUCACAGGCUAGGUAAGAGCCAUCAGUAUUAAUCAGAAAAUCUAAUAGGAAACUAUUAUCAAGAAAUUAGGCCAAAUUGAAUGCAGUGAACUUUUUAUCUUGUCAUUCUCUGUCCUCUCCUUUUUUUCUUUUUUUUUUUUUUUAAUUUGGUGAUGUCCCCUGGCAUUGGCAGGUGCAACCCUCACAGUUGACCCAGGCCCCAGCGGCCACUUUGUCAUGCUUUUUGAGAAAUUCCAACACAGACUGAACCUGAACUGUCACUGCUGCUUUAAUCAGUCUUGAACUUUCUCAUCACCUGGUCUUACCCAUUGUGAUCAGCAAUCAAUGAAAAAAUGUUUCUGUUUAGAUCUUGGCAUGGUUGGUCCUUCCUGGAACUAGAGUAUCCCUGGUGAACAUUACACUGUGUGUUGAUAAAUAAUUCUUCGAGCUUCUGAUGUCCAUAGGAUCCUGUUGCUCUGGCUAUUGCAAGUAGGUAAGGAGGAAGGGAUGGGCUUCCUGCCUGGAGAUUCUUCCAGAAGACCUUAGAAGAUAGAGUUUCAUCAUGUCACAGCACUUUUAAGGCUUAAGUCAGUGUUUUGCAGUUUCUAGUAGCUUUACAAUUUGAUACUAAACCAGAACUGACUGUGGAUUUAGUUUUUUUUCCCCCUAGUUUUAGGAUAAGGGUCAUAGUGAUUUCUGCCAGAAUCCAGUGUAAAUCCAAAGGAGGGGGGAAAAGUGUGUUUUCUUUUGCCUUUCUCUUGUUAAAGAUUUAUGCCUCUGGCAGGAAGUAAGAAUAUUACAAGCAUCUUUUAGGUUAUAGAGGUCACUUCAUACCCUCUCCCUGAAUGGAAAAGUGUCACCAUCUAUAUAUCCUUACCUGUUUGUGAAGAAACUGCAACUCCUGAGGUUGAGCUGAAGAAGAAGGGUUGGAAAGAUGCUGGCCCUGGGUAUUGUGGGGAGGGAUGAGCGGCCCCAGGGGGGGUUUGGCGGUGCCAGGAUUCCUAGCUUAGCCUGUAGAGAAUGUCGCUGCUGCCACCACUGUUGCAGGCCUUUCCCCACCAACCUUGGAGCUCAAAGCACUACUCAGACCACCACUGAGGAAGUGGUUCUUAGCUUUCUGCUUGAGCGUGGUCUUGCUUCAUUCUGAAUUUUAGGAAUUUGGGUUACUCAGUAUAGAACUUUGAAAAAUUGGUGUGACUUAGUUGUUCACCUCUUAGGGUAAAGUGAGUAUUUCUUUACAAAAGAAUUCAUGACCUUAAUGUUUAAACUGUAAUUUUAUUUUCAAGACACCCAUUAACACAUGACUUUCAGAAGCAGUUUGUUUCUUCUCCAAGGUUCCUUGCAUCAUGCUAGAUAAAUAAUAGGCCAUCAGUUAAUACUUGUGGGUUGAGUUCAUCUGGUUUGUAGGGUGUGGUGUGCCUACUGACUUCCUUUUGCUUCCAAGUGCACUCUUAAGAUGUAAAAUGCUCCAGGGAGUAGACCAACAAUUGAGUGGAUGCUGACUGUACGUGCCAACCUCCUCAACUGAUUCAUAAUGGCUGACCUUGGGCAAGUCACUCCUUUCAAUGCCUCAGUUCCCCAUCUGUCAAAUGGGGGUAAUAAUACUGACCUACCUCACAGGGGUGUUGUGAGGCAUUGUAAAUCAAAGUUGAUAGAAUACUUUAGGGUCCUCGAUGGAGGAUGCCCUGAGCCGAAGUCUAGGCCUGCCAUAGGCUUUUGUCCUCAUUGAGCUGUCCUAAGGUUGGAACUACUUAGUGACCUCGGCAAAUUCUCUGCCCCCCACCCCUCAUCAAAGCUGCUAGUUCAGAUGUUGACAGUGUUUUCGUGAAUGUUGGAGUCUUAAUAGCCCAGACUUACUUGGGAUGUUAUGGAGGAAGGCACUUAGUAUUUUCUGUCUUGCAUCCACAAGAGAGACUAUUUGAGACCCAAGAGCAUUGGAUUAGGGAAUCAGGGAUGCUACUGCUUGUUUCUCUGCAGGUUGGGAAUGAAGGUCCCAUACCCCAUGGGCUUGGAACAGACUUGGGCUGUCUCAGGAGCAAAGCACACACAGUGGGUUUGAUUUGUAUCAUUGCUUAUCGCUCCCUGAACUGAGUCCAGGAUGGCUGGGUCACUUCACCCCUUCGUGGUAUCUGUACCCAAGCCUCCACCUUCCCCUAGGAACCAGCUGGUCCAGUAAACAACCAUUUCCUCCAUCCCCCACCAAAAGAGAGCCACGUUGGAAUUUUUUUCUCUAGAAAUAAGUUUAACACCCAGAAUUGGACAUUGAUACUCCUGAAAGCUUCAUCCAAUUCACUGUAUUCAGCAUGUCCUCUCUUUCUCUAUGUCCACAGUCUGAACCUGACUUUGACCUUUUUUCCCCUCUGGUUUGGGAAAACUUUGGACACUUUCUAUUUGCCCAGGUGUGGGCUCGAGAGCCUUACUCUCCAUCUCAGUUUAGGGGCUCGGCCAGCUCCUCUUCCCAAUAGGGCUCUUUCUUCCUUCCCUCUCCUUGGCCCUAGAUGUAUAACCCAUGAAAAAGCACAAGGUCCUGGCCCCUCGCUGCGGUCACAUUCUGGUUCUCGGUGUUUUGUGGACUCUUCUCUGUUCACUGCACUGGCCGCACCAGGCAGUUCUGUGGAGUCCUGGAGGAUGGAGAGCACGGUCUGACAUCCUGCCAAGUAGCCAGGAGUUGAUUCGCCCACGGCCCACAGGCCUUCCCACAGGAUGGGAUCUGAGAGACUCCAGAGGCUGGGUUUCUUUCAGCACUCGGUACCAUCCUGAGUAGCAAAACAAAUCACACUUUGUAGCCAGAUUUCUGAAUGGAAAAAUGGGAAAUGGGAAAUUGAAUUCUCUAUGGACCUUUUUGGUUUGUGGGGGAGUUUUGGUUGUGUUUCUUGGUUUUAUUUCAGCCAAACUUGUCUGCUUUUGAUUUUUUUUUUUUUAGGAUAAGUGAUAUAUAUAUAUAUAUAUGUUUGCCUUUUAAAUGUAAAUGUUUAAAAGUAGGCAAUUUAUGUGUUUCCACAACUGACAUCUGAUGCAGACCUCAUUCUCUCCCCCUCUUCCACCCUCCUCUUUUCCCUCUUUUCAUACUCUUGUAUUGGUUCUAAUAAAUGGUUGCUUUUCAAA